AUGAACUAUAAGAGGUUAGGGGACUUAUUAGCACAUUAUGUGCGGGAAAGGGCACUAGGGGGCGAUGGAACAGCAUAUACGACAAGUUUAUGGCAGGAUAUAGAGGCACAGCUGCAGAAGUUUAUACAACAUUUGAAAGAGGAUGGAAUGGACGAUAUGUAUUCUGUGAAUUGCAAGAACUCUGGCUGGCCGCUCCCGGAUGACCCGACUGAGACACCCAGAAUAGUUAAAAGCAUGGGUGCCAGAAUUAUAUGCACACUUAUGACUAAAGCAUUGUAUUUCCUUAAUGGGUGGAGCAAAGCACCAGGCACGGAUAUGGAAGAUGAUAGUGUCGGAAACAGAGAAUUGAGGAAUUUUAUUAAGUGUACAAUCGUGCACAUGUUCAUGCACUUGUUGAACGAGUCCGCAUGUGCGAGUACGUGGGGCAUUUUCUAUGCAUGGUACUCAAUGGAAAAAAUGGGGGCCCUACCAAACUGGAGCACGAAUUUAGUCUAUACGCAGGCGUGCACGCAAAAUUUAGACGUACAGCUACAAGUGGCUGGGUGGAGCAUGAAGGACGCAGUGAAGGAGUGGUUGAAAAGAAAUGUAAACAUACAGAACACACUGAACAGACACAGCUUCGUGCAGAAUUGUGGUCUUGCAGUGCCAAAAACUAAAGGAAGCAAGCAGGAUGGAACAGAUCAAGUAGAUGAGGACACUUUGCAGAAAAUACAGAACGUUGGGGGGAAUUUACAGACAGCAAUGAGGAAGGCAUUCAGGCAAAUUAAAAAAGAAUGGAGGGAACAGGCGAUAGCAGCAGGAGUCAGCAAUGUAGCGGCGUCCCCUGAGACAGAGUCGGACGAUGAGGCCCAUGACGAUGCGGAUGACGAUGAAGAGCAGGAUACGAAUGCGGGGACGGACAAGGACAAAAAGAAAGAAGACAGCAGUAACGCGCCCCAGGUACCGAAGAAAGUAGAAGCGCCGCCACCACCUAAGGUACCAGAGGCACCCAAACAGGGCGUUGUUCCUCAGGACAGGGUGUCAGUACCCAAAGCUGCACCGGAUGCACAGGCACCAUCCGUAGCACAAGGAGGCAGGUCUGACACACCACCAGCGGAUGCCGCACCAACAACAUCGGCAGGCACGGGACAAGGAACACAGACAGAAACCACACCACCAGGACCGGGUCCGGGACCUGGACCUGGACAACAACCCCCCCCACCUCCACCACCAAAGGACGGACCACAUAAAUCAGGGCCACAAGCCACAACAAACGAAAAAACAGGUGAGGAAAAGUGUAAGGACAGUCUUGGGCAGGGCCAACCGCGCUCGGGCUCAGUAGUUAUAAGUGCCGGAUGUACAUCGGACACUGCCUUAGGAGCACUACCGGGCGUUACGGACACAUCCGACUCCAAGCCCAGGAAGCCUGAUAACGGUGAGAAAGCUGAAUCCAAGGCUGAUGACAGUGAACAAAAUAGUAAGGGUGCCGUCGCCACAGGUAGUGGUACAGAGGAUCAGACUACAGUGACUAAUAAAGCUGAUCCCCCUGCUUCAACUGGUCCCACAGAUCCAGUUAGUCCAGCUGGGGCAGCAGGCGCAGGCGGUGCACAGGGUGCAUCCGGUGCAGCCGGCAACGACGGUAAAACCGUCGACAAUGGCGGCAACGAUGUCCCCCCUCCUCUCAAUCCACCCAAACCAAAACCGAACCCGAACCCAGAUCAAGCGGGAAGCAGCCCCGGCGGCGGCAGCACUACAGAGGAUUCAUCUAGUCCCGGUUCCACUGGUCACCAACCCCCUGGUUCCUCCGGUCCUGGCUCCACUGGCCACCAAAACCCUGGUUCCUCAGGUCCAGGUUCUACUGGUACUGGCUCUACGGGGACUCUGCAACCGGGUACCACAGGAGAUGGCUCCACAGGUGUCCCAAACCCCGGUUCCUCAGGACCGGGCAGUCAGGACACAGGUCAGGGCGCUCCCUCUGCCUCCACCUCCCCGGACGGUAAUGAUAAGACACAUAAAACUGCUGAUGAUCCCUUUGGACUUGACCUAAAUAAUCCUGGCUCUGCUGUACUUGGUAAAGUCGGAGGUGCAUUUGUCGAAGGUAUACCCCCACUAGUUUACCACGAUACAAAGGGUAAGGGACCUAAUACAGACCCUCAUGAUAACACCAUCAGUCCAUUCAUAACACCUGCGGACAUCUUGCUUUCUACCCCCGUUCUUAUCUUCUUUGCAUCGGCGAAUGAAUUCGGCACAUCAUGGAACCAUACAACUGGUCAAGGACGCAACUUAGGGAUAAGGAUUAGCAGAUCAUUGAAAGGGUACGAAAAAACUGAUAUUGAAACACUGAAGCAGAAUAAUAUUGUACUAAGGGAAAAAUUAAUGGGUUUAACAGAUGCAGAAUACGAAGAAUUAAUUAACCGAUACAAUGCCUGGAUGAACGAUACCACUAGAAGACUGGACGCAGGGGACGUGUCAUACCGGAACUUCUCUAAGAAUUGUUUAGAUAUAAAAAAAUAUAAUAAUAACUCUAAUUCACGCUGUAGAAAUAACAGUCCACGCGGUAGUUUAAAGACAAAGUUGAAAGACAUGGGCCAUCGUGAUAACGUUAGUAAAUCAAACGAGUCCUUAGACCUAAAUUAUUUUGGUCAUGAUGAGGAAAAAGAAGUUCACAGAUUCAUUAACUAUUGCAGUGUGCAGAGUCCUUCCAAUGAACGGGAUGAUAUUUCUAAGGAUGGGGAAGGAGUUGACACAUCCACCAGUUGCAGCAGUGUGGAGAGUCUGUUUGAAGGACGAAAUGACAUUAGCGAUGAUCAAGAAGGAAUUAACAGAAUGACAGAAUCAUCAACAUAUCGUAAUAGACACAGAGGGUCCUGUAUUAUAACGGCAGCUGAUAUCGACGAGGAAGUUCAGUAUUACAUAGAAAAAUUACGACAACGACAUGAAUUGUCCGGCAGACAUAGUGGAGAGUUUUUUGAGAACACCUCUUUGGGCAAAAUGCUCAGAAAAUUAGAUCUCAACGUUGGACCACGGGGUUUCUCAUCUUACUUACGAAAUAAAGCACAAGGUGAGGGAACGAGGGAGAAAUCCAAAGGAUUCUCAUUGAAGUGUAAAACGCAUAUGCAAACACCAGGACAAAAUAAUAAACUUCCCAGCAGUGCUAGUAGAGGUUGCCCUAAAAACACCGCACACAGGGACAGCUAUCGGAAACCAAAUUCCAAAGUUGGAUCGGAAGGAUUAUUACCAGCAUCACAGAACAAGGUUCAAGUUGAAGAAGUAGCAAAGAAACCCAGACGACUCUUUAGCGCAUGGACACAUACUUUACUUACGCGUGAAAAACUUGUCACCGUGACUGCGGCCAUCUCUGCUUUUAAUAUAAUAGAACUGUAUUUGUACUUGAUACUUUGGGAGCCAUUUGUAUGUAUCAUAUUCCUUGUUGCAGUUGCGAGCACAAUAGCCAUUAUGCUUCCGGUUCUCCUAUUCCGCUUUUGCAGAAGGAAAAUAUCAGGCAUGUCGAAUAAUAUUUUGAGUGAAUGA